CUCGUUUACACAUGCAGCGUCUGCAUGGUGACGCCACCAACACGUGGCUACUAUUGCAUGAUGACGCCAUUGACACAUGACUCUCUUUCCCCUUCCCUUCCCUUCAUAUAUCUAAUCAAUUCAACAAUCAUAGCUACUCCAAAACAUAAACUCAUCUAUCUCUUCAACAAUAGCAUAAUGGCGGAUACUGCUAGAACCCAUCACGAUAUCACCAGCCGUGACCAGUACCCCUUGUUGGGCCGAGACCGAGACCAGUAUCCUUACGGACGAUCAGAUUACCAGACCUCCAGCCAAGACUACUCCAAGACUAGGCAGAUUGCUAAAGCUGCUACCGCAGUCACCGCUGGAGGGUCCCUUCUUGUCCUCUCCAGUCUCACCCUUGUCGGAACAGUCAUUGCUUUGACUGUUGCCACUCCUCUGCUUGUUAUCUUUAGCCCAAUCCUCGUCCCGGCUCUCAUCACCGUAGCACUUCUCAUCACUGGCUUUCUCUCCUCUGGUGGGUUUGGCAUUGCAGCUAUAACCGUCUUCUCCUGGAUCUAUAAGUACGCAACGGGAGAGCACCCACAGGGGUCAGAUAAGCUGGACAGUGCAAGGAUGAAGCUGGGAAGCAAAGCUCAGGAUAUUAAAGAUAGAGCUCAGUACUAUGGACAACAACAUACAGGUGGGGAGCCUGACCGUGACCGUACCCGUGGAACCCAUCACAAUACUACAUAAAUCACUUUCCACAAUACUACAUAAAUCACGCCAUAGUAAUGUCGAUGUCGAGGAGUCUAGUUCGUGAGGAAUAAGGUGUUUAAAUUUGAUCAGGUUGGGUAAUAAAAAGGGGAAGCCAAUAUCAUCAGUUUUUUUUUUUUUUUUGUUAUAAAUAAUGUGCAAGUGUGUUUCUCUUGUCAAAUGGUACCAUGUUUUGUUGUGUUAUUCUCUUUGUGGUAUAUUGUAAACCUUUUGAUGUACUUUGUUUGCCUUGUUUGUAAGUUGUAACGUCUAUAUGGAGAAGUCUUGUUCGUCCAACUUAUGUUUGGUCUGCCUAGCUUCUUUUUCCUUUUUUGAGUUAGUACUAAACAGUAUGACCACAUGGCUCGUCGCACUAAGAGAUGGUGUGUUCUGAACCGUGACUACAAAAAUAAUGCGGUUCAAUGUGCUGUUUCCGGAUUGUUAAACCAGAACUGGAAACCGGGUUGUUCCCUAGGAUUCGUAUUCUAACCAAUUAAUUCACUCGCAAGUAACCAAAGACGUAAAGAA